UGCUUCUCGGUGCGGCGAGCGGAGCAGCUGAUUGAGCAGGCGGCCGUGUUUUUGUCGCGAAUUGGCUCGUUUUUCGCGAUUUUUACAGGAUCGGCGGGCAUGCAGCGGCUGUUGCACGCGUCGGCGCCGCUGUCGGCGCCGCCGGACAAGGCCGUGCUCGGCAAAAUGCGGAAGAAAACCGGCGACACGUCCAGAAAGUGCAAGAAGGCGCCCGAGAACUGCGCCAAUGACAUCGCCAAGGUGGUAUCAUGAGGACAGCGAGCAAUUACUCAGUGGGUCAGCGACUCUCCAUGGUGGCGCCAGGUCUUUUAAGAAUCUCAAAGGUUCGCCCGGAGGAGCGUGGAAAGUAUUUGUGCUGGGUGAAUAAUUCGGCUGGCGAGGAGACGAUGCGGGUGGCGCUGACUGUGACGGCGCCGCAGGUGGCCCACGUCCAGCCCCUGCACCAGGUCGUCGACCUAAGAAAGACGCGUGAGCGUAGCCGUUGCGUGAGGAGGCCGCUGCCCUGAUGAGGCAGAAGCAGGAGCUAAAAAGGACACCCUGGGCAGAGUCUCGGAGGUGGAGCAGCGUCUCCGCGACUCCACCUGGUCCUCCGAGACGUCGGUGUUGAGAAUGUUGAGCGGCCGCAAGCCGUAUCCUUGGCGCAAGGGCCAGGUUACUCCAGCCACACUGAAGAGACCACCUUCAGUGGUGUGCAGCAGAGGCGUGGAGCCGCUUCUCCGACUUGCACCGCGAGCCGAGCGAGGCCGAGUGCCACCUCGCUUCACCAGGGACACACCCUUCCAAACCAUCGCAUGAGAUUCGCCGCCCCUCCCACCCUCAAUCCACCUCUCAAAUAUAUAAUUCACUGCGAUAACUGACCAAA